AUGGGAACCGGCGAAUACCUGCUAAGACCCCAUAUUGAAUACAGGGCCCGGUCCUGGGACGAUCCAAGUUAUGGCGGAGAAGCCAGAGGCACACCAUGCCAACGCAAGCAGCAUUACAAGCGACCAACGGAGGUCAGCACCUGCAAUUUACUAACCAAGCAUGCCCAAAUAUACCACCCACAGAACGAAACACCGCUCCGGCGUCCUAGCCUUACUUGCCAUAUAUCCCAAACCACCGCGUGGGGGCCGACAAGCAUAGACCGACUGCCUGCAGCUGCGGUAUUACACUCGAAGGUCAGCAAGGCUAUUGGGAUCUGUAUCCUGCCCGUGGCGGACACUCGACUGAAACGCAAGUCAAACACAUGGGGACUACUAGUCUGA